UAUUGGGUGAAAAUAACUUGGGCACAUGGCAGCCGGAAUAGAGGUCACGUGGCGAAAAGGAUAUUUGGCUAGAUGGCCUGAGAGAGGCAAGGCACUAGCGAGAUCAGUUUUCGAGAGAGCAUCCCAAAGGAAGAGAAAACAAUCUUAACCAGGAACUGGCAAAGGAUGCAUGACCGGAAGAGGGGGACCCGUGUCCCAGUGACGUGAACAAAGAGACACAAAGGACAGAUAUGUCAGGCUGUCCUAUAGACUCACCUGAGCACAUCAGUAAUAUUGACUGGCACCGGCUUGCCAUACAGCGCGCUCCUAUUUGUUUUAGUGCUUUUUAUAGGCUCAAGUGGAGCUUUCUGGCGGAAACCCUGCACCCUUGUAACCUGAGUUUACUUCGUCCAUUUGUAAAGGGACUCUGAAUUUUAGCAAUACAACAUUCUCAUUUUGAGCUCCAAGUUUACUUUACUCAGUCUAUCCUCCUUUAAGCAUAUUCAUUCGCUCACAAACGUCACCGGAGCUACGGCUUAUAUCUCCGGAUCCGUAACAUACAACGACAGUGAAGCUUGAAGCUUCAUUCGCUUUACUUUCUUGCUUGUUUCAUUUUCUUUCUAUAACUAAUCUUACAAUAUUCAUCAGUUAGUUACCGGAUCUGAAGUGUUAAACUAGGACACAUGUCCUUGACCUCAAACUGUAUCAUUUUACCGGUAAAUAGGUUGGUGUCCACCGUGGGACCAGGACAACUGUGUGCUGGUUUAACUCACUGAACCCUAUUUUCUCUCAAGUUUGAAUAUUGUUGUUUUGCAGGAAUUACCAAUGGCGAUAAAAAGCCUACAUGAUUUCGAAUAUACGCUGCGCGUCCUGGCAGACUAAUUAAGAUAGGUCCUUGUUGGACCGCAUUGCGGCCCAAUAGGAAAGGUUUGAAGGUCUGCGAAGGACCAUAAUCAGAAUAUUCUCUAGGAGAGCUGGAGUGAUAACAUCAGGAGCCAACAUGGAGAUGGCCAACUUGAUGAUGGAGUUGCCCAGCAAUGAACUUAGGGUAGGAUUGCAUAAAUACAAGCUCGGUUAAACCAAAGUCUGGGAACGCUCCCAGAUCAUUCUGCUGAAAUGAGUGCCGAAGAUGGAAAGACGCGAUCGAGACAAAGGGGUAUCUUCGGAAUCAAGCAAGGCUUCCACAAAGCGAUUGAAUCCUAGGAGCUCGUUCGUUUAUUCACGGUUAAAAGAAAGCUUGAUGAACGUCGAGGUCAAAACUUGGGAUGAAGUGUGUCAGCAAUACGAAUUCAUAGCUGGGGCACAGGAUGACUAUUGCAGAUUGCAUAAGAGAAUGAUGAGUGUAUGGGGAGCGGAUUCUGCUCCACCAAGCCGAUCCUCCAGGAAAGAGGUUAAUAUGAUCAUCGGAGCAGAGGAAGAUCAAUGGAAAAACAGUAUCAACAACGAAGAAGGCCAAGGUGUCAGUUAGUUACGGGAAAAGACCGGGAGAGAGUCGUAAUUCCAAGGUUGAGGCAAUUAUUUUUUAUGAACAAGAUCUGUACUACUCAGAACUCCCUCAUAACAGUCCUCUGGUAAUCUCUUUAAAUACUGUGGACUUUAAUGUUCAACCUAUGUUGAUUAAUGCAUGCAGCUCGACAAAUAUUAUCCACAAGCGAGACAUAUGCUAUAAAUAUCACAUAAAUCCUUUGAAGAUUAUUGGGAAACCUUGUUAAACAAUUACCAACUCAAGAGAUGAUUAUAAAAUAGCCAAAACUAUUAAAAGUUCAAUAGCUAGUUGGCACUUGGAGACAAUUCGGCUACUUAUAAAUAGUGGCCGGUGGUAAGUCGAAUCUAUGCACUCUCUCUCUCUCUCUCUGAAUUUAGUGGAAACAAGAAUAUCUCUCUCUGAAUUCAGUAGAAGCAGGAAUCAAGAAGAUCAAAAUGUGUAAUGAACAUAGUAAUAAAGAAGCUGGGAGAGAAGAAUCUCCAAGGCAAGAAGUCCAUAGAGAAAAGGAUGCAAUUUCGCCCAAAAAGCCAGUGGUAAUUGAAGAUCAAGAAGACAACAACACUACUGAGAAGUCAAGAACUGGUUCUCUUCACAUCAAUGACUGCAAGCUAAAUGGAUCAAUCAAGAAUGUAAGUGAAAUUAAAGAAGGUGAUGCAGAAAUCGAUGGUAUAGUACUGGACCCAGAGGAUGGGAGUACAGAUAUACAAGAAACAAUACUGAAUGAAGUCAAGAUUCAGGAAAAUAUCAUCAUCACCAAUUCUGGAGGAGAAACUGGCCGUGUUAGUACGUUGACAAUUAGAGAAGCAUUGAUAUACAAGAAACUAACAAAAUCUGACCUUUUCAGUUCCAAUGGAUUACGGUUCCCGGGGAAAGAAGUCAGAGAGAAACUCCUUCCUCAUAUUUCUGCACCUGCUCUCCUCGAAAAAAAUAUCUAAUUUUAGUUGAUCAUCAAGAACAAGAAUGGGACAUGUUACUUUUGCGUCAAAAUGAACAUCUCUACUUUCUUAAAGGACAUUGGUAUGACUAUGCGGAUGUAUACAAUUUGGCUGUUUCAGAUACUGUCGUUAUUGGGAGGAUUAUCAAGCAGCAAGUGAAAGAAGAUGUGGAUUUUUCUGCAGUGAGUAAGAUUGGCGAUCACGACUGGGACACCAUCUUUCCUCCCAAUUCAACAUGGCAGAUUGAACGAGUUAAUAAUAUUAAUGUAGAGGACGUCGGACAGCAAGAUGAAUUAGCAGAGCAAACUGAAAUUAAAGAUAUUGGCAAAGUUGAACUAGUUGUAGUUAUGUAUGAAAUCACAAUCAAGAGAGGCCCUGAAAAUACUAUGUUAUACUAUAGUUAGUUUGAGUACCGUUGCAUGAAAAAUGUAUAGAGAACACUCAAAUGAAGUAUUAUAAGAGAAAUACACGUAAAUUUAGAUUUU